ACCAUCAGGUACUACUGAAUGCUAAGAAACCCGAAUUUUAUCUCUAUUUUUAUCCAGCUGAAACUGUGCUAAUUUCAGUUAUCAUUGUUAUCAGCUCAAUGGCUGACAUGUUUUUUUCCGUUUUCUUUGAAGUUGUCUCCUGGAGCUGAAUCCUGUAUUAAAUUGAUUUAUUUCCCUCCUGUCUCAAGCUGUUUUCCCAAGGUCUGUUUCUAAUCAUACUCCAUUUUCAAUUUAUUUCCUCAUAGCUAUAAUAACACUAUUAUAGCUAUGAAUCCUUUCCUCACACCAUUCUAGAUACCAUCUUAUGAUAUUUUCAUUCAGGGACUGACUCUGAAAAAAUGAAACUUGUUUUAACACACCAGAAAUCAGAUAUCCAAAUGACUAGAGUUUCUCUCAAAAUAUUUACAUUGGAGGUUAUUCAUUUAUUCUGAUGAUAUUAUAAAUGGCCAAAGUAUUUAUGGAAUUCUUUGAAAUUUACCAAUUCCAUAUCUUUUACCUUGUCCAAGACCAACUUUUUAGUACUUGAUCAAAGGGCACAGCUCAGCUAAAUCACCUGUCAUCAGAUACAACUUGCUAUUACCCAAAAUUAACUCACCUACAAAAGAUGAAAAACUGCUAUUAAUGAGAAGUAAGAGACUAUUAAAAUAUACUUCACAAAAAUUUAAAAUAAAUACUGGAAAAAUGUACCAGUUACAAUACAAUAAAUGGACAGCAACCAGUUUGUAACCUAAUACAAACAUCAAACCUCUCAAGAGUCUUCUUCCAUUUGUGAAAUGAAAAUAACUUUACUACCUUCUUUACAGGGUAACUAUAAGAGAAAAUGGCAACGUAUAAUGCUUCUGAAACCUGUAACAGUAAAUAACGGAAAAUAUUCCCAUUCAUGCCUAUGGAGUCAAAUUAAGAUGGACACAGUGUUGGAGAAUGCAGACAAUCCUCUCUCCCUCUUUCCCUAACUCCCUCCUCCCUCCCUUCCUCCUCAUGGAAUCUCUGCCCUGCUCAGUCUCUAAAGGAACUGUGGUUUCCUGCCCUCAGCAUUAAUGGUUUCUUUUACUACUGCCCGGAGGAUUUCCUGACUUAGAUGCCUCUGUCAACGUAACAUAUAGGAAAAAUAUUAAAAAAGAAUGAUGCAAAACACAUUAAGGCCUACUUACUUAAAAAUUGUACUUAGGACUUUGACUUAAAGAUUAAUUUGAUAUUUUACAGGAGGCAAAUGUGAGAAUUAAAUGUCCAUUAAAAAAAACUAUUUCUGUAUGCAAUAAAGAUCUGAUUUUCAAGAAACAGUUAUAUUUUGGAAAGUGAAACCUAACUCACUGAAAAGAAAGGACAGGGGGAAAUUCCAUAACUCAGAGGCUAUAAUAAAUACAAAUAAUUCCUUUGAUUUUGCAACAGGGGACUUCCCCAAAGACUAGCCAGCAGAUUUUGCUGAGUCAAUUGUUAUCCAAUCAGAGUUAGGGAGGAAAAAUGCCUUUGCAUAUAAAUACUGCACACCAGCUCCACAUUUUAAGAGACACUCCUCAACUGCUUAAACUUUCUGAGCCUACUACAGAGGAACCUCUGGUCUCUGCACCAUGAACCAAAGUGCUGUUUUUAUUUUCUGCCUCAUCUUUCUUACUCUCAGUGGAACUCAAGGAAUGCCGCUCUCAAGAACAACACGCUGCAAGUGCAUCCAGAUUAGUAAUCGACCUGUUAAUCCAAAAUCAUUAGAAAAACUUGAACUUAUUCCUGCAAGUGAAUCUUGUCCACGUGUUGAGAUCAUUGCCACAAUGAAAAAGAGCGGGGAGAAGAGAUGUCUGAAUCCAGAAUCUAAAGCCAUCAAGAAUUUACUGAAAGCACUUAGGAUAGAAAGGUCUAAAAGAUCAUCUUGAAAUCAGAGAUAAGCAAAAUCACUGCAGUGCUGAGAAAGAUGGACCACAAAGAAGAUAUUUCUAUUACUUCCUCACAGAGAGUAUAUGUUGAAUUCUAACUGUUCCUAGUUUGUAGUUCUCCUGAAAAGUGAACCAACGACAGUCAUCAAAUUAGCUGCUAUACCUCCUGUGGUUUAUUAUCCUGAGCUGUAAUUUCUCUAGUAGUAAGAAUUACUAGCUAUAUUGCUAAUAGCUAGUAAUAGCUCUAAUAACUAAUAAUGACUCUGUCCUGGCACUACACUAUAAGCUAUGUUGAGGUGCUACCUUCCUAGCAAAUGUGCCAAGUCCUAGCCUGCUACUGACACUUUCCUCACCUAUCCUAUCUGCUAAGGGUUAUUAAGGGAUCCUUUUUACUUCUGGAUUUAUCAAAAUAUUAAAUAACUAAAGGUAUGCAACCAAAGGUAUAAAAUCUGCUUAUUAAUGAAUAAUCUUUACUUCGUGGGUUUUUAUUGCCAUCCCCCCCAGGAAUUCAUAUUUUUUCAGUGGUUACAUACACAUAAUUCCAAAUACCUACAGGAAGUUGGAUAUGUCUGGAAAUUAUGUGUAAAUAUUGUUAUUUAAUGAAAGACUGUAAAAGGAGUUCUUAGAGAUAUAUUUUUAUAUUGUUUUCAAUGUAUAUGAAAUAAUAUAAUUUGUAUAAUAAAAUAUUACAGACCAAUGAGUUAGUAGGGAAAUUUUAAAAUCUAGGUAUAUGCUUUGCAUGUUAUAUAAGACAAAUGUAUUGAAUGGUUUUCAAAACAAAAAUGAUGUGCUGUCCUGGAAAUAUUAAAAAAGACUGCAUAACUGUUGUAAGACCAUAAAGGUAAUAAAGUAAUUAUCACUAA